AUGGAUGCCUCCGCAACUCCUUUCUCCGAUGGCCUGGUGACCCUACCGGCCGCCGAGCUACGUGAAUCACUCGAGAACAUACUCAAUGCUAUCGGUGCAUCCGAGUACUCGUGCUCGGAGGAGAGCAGAGCCCUUGAGGUGCAACGUCAGCGGGUUCUUGCUCUUCUAUCCAAGGUGGACGCAGGAAACGCUCCCUGCGACGCAUCGGAUAAGGCAGCGCCGCGACGAGGUACUCUUCUAUCCCCAGCUACCUCGGAGGCACAUGACAAAUAUAUGGGACCUUUGCACGCCUCCUCCAGCAGCAGUGAGGUUGCCGAUGCACGGGGUAACGCAGCAGGAGAUGACGUGCCCGAGACGCUCGCAGAGGCGGGCGAUGCGCGCACCACAUCUGUGCCACACCCAGACCAUCACUGCCUCCUGGCCAACCUCUUUUCUAAGCCAAGACCACGCGACGUGACGGCGCCUUUGCACUCCUCGUUGCCUUGCUCUCCAUCCCCGCCCUCCAGGCUAACCUUGGGGAAUGACGGGUUAGAUAGUCACGAUGAAAAUGAUUCUGCUGCAUAUGUCACAGCCGCCGUGCCACAGCAGAUGGAACAGCUGAGCUGCUCGCCUGCAGUGCCGCUUUCUCUUUCCGAGGAUGGGAGGGAGAGUGUCUGUGAAGGGCAUGGGUUGCCAUGGAGCGUUCCGCGGGGCUGUCGUGUAGAAGAGGAUACCCCGCAAUCACAAGAGUCGCUGUCCUGCGUUCUGUCAGCGCAGCUCAACGCUCAGGGCAGUCUGCACUGGUACAGCGGCCUGGCGGAUCCGCGCAGCUUCUGGAUCAACGUGUGGCCCUGCUAUGGUGGCUCUGUGGCAUCGCGCACUCGCCAUCCGACGCGUGUCCUUGUUAGAGGGCGAUACCGCUACUUCGAAGACGUGGUGGAGAAGGCGGCGAAGCUGACCGACUGCAAGCCAGCCUCACAGGGCUUCUACACACCUGACGGAUGCCCGAUUCGUCACCUUGAGGACUUGAUCGCGGAGCACCAUUACCUCCUCUUUCCCUUCGGUGGCUUCUACCGUAAGCACUGUGUGCCAAAUGCACUUCUGUGGCUCUUGUACACCGAUGCACGCCACAUGGUGUGUUGCUCGGAGUGCGAUGAAUGA